GUCACGAGUCUGUUCAUCAUUGGCUGAAGAUGGAUCCAGGGGAUAAAUAUGGGAGAUAUGAAAGAAGUGAUCAACCAGAAGAGCGUUUUGUAUGUAUACCCAUAUUUUAUGCAUUCUUCAGAAUGAGAAACAAUUUAAUUGUACAAUAUCUUAAACAAUCGGCUAUCCAUUAACACGUUUUAUUGGUCAAGUUGAGUUUAUUCACCAACCAUGGUCUGUUCUAGGAUCAUUCAUUGCAUUGGAGCGAGGUUAAAGAGGAGGCUGAAGAAAGUCAGAUUUCAGCUGUGUCAUUAGGAGUUGAAACAUCCCAGGUCUGUACAAAGGAUGACCCUGAUGAACAAGAUCCCUCAUUUGACACAGUUUCAGACAUCCAUGGAGUCACAGAGCAAGAGCGUGGACAUAAAGGCAUAACAUAUCUCAAAGUAAAGGUAUGUAGCUCCUUAACACUGUGCAAGCCCAGUUACAAGGCCCAGAGGUGUUAGAAUUAUGUUUUUUUCUGCGUCAGGUGCUGCCUUCUCCAGUCCCAGUCAAAGAGGAGUCUGAAGAAUGCUCCCUAAUACCAGUAGAUGAAGAGGAAGUUGCCUCAAUUACAGUGAAGAAAGAAGAGCAUGAAGACUGGUUGAAGUCAGAAGAUGAGGAUGUUGUGAAAGUGUCAGUGCCUUGGGAGCCGUUGGAAACAUCACCAUCAUCAUCAUGUUCAGAUACAGAGGAUACAGAGGACAGUGAGAUGGAAAGUGAUAAUGUGCGAGUGAGUUCAAGCAUUUAAUAAGACUGAGUGAAAUAGACACACUUGGAGAUGUUUUGUAGGGUUAGCUUCUUGUAGGAUGAAACUAAAAGUUUCUUCAUUCUACUCGUUGUUUUGACCAUUCUGCACCCUACCUAUUAUUAGCUGUGUACCCCAAACCACAAACCUGGCUUUUGGGCCUUUUGGGUUAGUAUUUAGCUAAUUCUGAAGGUAACUGACUUUCUGAAUUAACUGAAUCCUUCCUCAUCUCUGUUUCAAAGGACUGUGAAAACCAUGAAAGUGACAUUUCAGGAGGAUUAAAGAUUGAAGAUUGUAGCAGGAUUGAUCCAGGGAUGACGCCAGAUACAGAUGUGAAAGCUAAUGCUGUUGAUUUCAGUGAGUACCAUUGGUGGGGUUGGUCGCAGUUGUGGUGUGGACAUAGCUGCGGGAAGUAGCUUGGGGGGGCUGCAGAUUUUUUUUUGGCCCAUGCUGAAGAUGUCUAUAUCAGUCCGCUAAUACAGGGAUUCCCAAACUUUUUCAAUCUGGGCCCCCCUCCAGCAUUGGGGAACAUCCCGCGGGCGCCACGUCUAUUUCUAUGGCCACUGUUCAUGACACAAACUGUUCACACCCAACUCUUGUUGGUGGAGAGAAUUUUGUAGGUUUAAAGCUUAUUUCCUACAAUUCUACAGAUUUUGUCAUAGGUUGCAAAUAACAUUUAGCAGUUUUAAAGCAAAUGUUAUUGCAAUUCUAUACAUUUUGCAGUCUAAUGUGUAUUCAUGUGAUUUUGAGUGACAACAUUUUUUCAACAAUAUCUAUGGGCUAAAAAAACGACAUGGGCUAGUUUAUGUGGACAUUUCUGACAAGUUAUAAAUAGCUCUCUAAGGUAUGCAAUGACUAACAUGAAAAGAGGAACAGAUGAUGCACUACUAAUUUCAAAAUUGCAUCUUGUGCAUUCUACUAUUACAACUUUCAAGAGUAAGUUUAAAGCCAGACUGAGUUCCUUUAAAACAUAACUUUGCACCUUUUGAUGUAAAUGUUUGAGCACAGGGUUUUGUUCUUUCUGGAUUCCAUUAGAAUGACAAUCGCAGGGACCGGGCAACAACUCGUACAAUUCCAACUAUUGAAUCCUGCAAGAUACUGUUCUUAAUUAUACAACUACCUUUUUUGCCAAAGCAGAAAUGCUUAAUAGUUUUUUUGCCUGCACUACAGAUGUCUAUAUUGGUCUGCUAAUACUAGUAAAGGCCCAGUGCACUACUUCUGUGAAAAAAUAAGUGUUAUUUUUUCUAAAAAAUAAGUGUUAUUUUUUUAAUUCUGAUUUUUCAGGGGGUACUGCAGCACCUUCAGCACCCCUACUUUCCGCGGCUAUGGGUGUAGAGAUAUAAUAAUGUGUUACAUGUACAUAACAAGUGACAAAUGUUUCAUUGCUCAAUAACUAUGGCUCUAUAUUUGAUGUUUUUCUCUCUUUCCUUUAGAUGAAUCUAUAGGGCGGUCCACCUCUUUCUACCCAUGCCCCCACUGUACACUUGGUUUCACCAUAGAACGCUUUUUCCAUGGGCACCUCAAGAGGGCCCACCCUGAA